AUGGCCACUCUCGAGGAACCUCAAGCAAGGUUGGGUCCUGGAGAAACAGGAAAGAUAUGUGUUCGGGGUCUUCCAGUGUUCCCUGGCUAUCUAACCAAAGCAGGACUUGAUAGGGAAGGUUUCAAUAACGCCGGAUGGUUUGACACAGGAGAUAUGGGUUACCUUGAUCAUAAUGGUUGUUUAUUCAUCACCGGAAGAAGCAAAGAGGUGAUCAACCGAGGAGGAGAGAUUAUUUCUCCUUCUGAAGUGGAAGAAGCCAUCCUCACUGCUGCCAAAGACCGUGACACUUCGAUUUACGGGAAAGUAACCAGUGUGUUGGCAUUCUCCGUUCCCCACAAGAGUCUUCAAGAGGUUGUUGGUGCUGUCAUAAUUUCCACGCCAGGAGAACCUCGGGUUGACUUAAGGCAGCUUCACCAUGCCCUUCGCCAACGCCUUGACCAACCCAAAUGGCCAGUUUUUCUCGUUUAUAAGGAUCACCUACCAAUGAGUCACACAAAGGCUUUGAGGUCAAACCUGAGCCAUCGACUGCACUUGAAAUCUCUUUCCGAUAACACUCCAAUCGCCGAUCGUCACUACGAGGCAACAGCACCGGCAGUAGGUGUUGCCAUAACUACCGCAAUUGAAAAUCGUCAAUGCAACAUCGAUCCUGAAAUCCUCCGAACAUAUAUCACGCAGUAUAGUGGCUCGUCCCAAGUCUUCAUCAGGAAGAGGUUUACGGAUGGGCUACUUCAAGCCUUCAUUUUUGACGUCAGCACCAACAUGCCCACUGUGGAAGGCAUUUUAUCUCAUCUCUGUGCAAAUUUGCCUGGGUAUCUUGUUCCAACUAGCAUCAAAUUGCUCAAUGGUCCCAUUCCAAUUGACGCAACGGGAUCGGUCAACGAGGAGGCUAUCAAUGAAGCAAUAAUGAAGCCAGGUGCUGAUGAAGCUAAAGAUUCUAUUUACAUUCGAGUAUGUGAUAUUUUUGCACGCACCCUUAGCCUCUCCUUGGACGAAAUGGACAAGUCAACAGAUUUCUUCCUGGCUGGAGGUGAUAGUUUGCAGUCUGGGCGAAUGGCUUUCGAGCUACGGAAAGAAUUCGGUAUUCGCUUGCCAAGUGACGUUCUUUUCAUUAACAGUACCGUCGAAGCCAUGGUAGCUAUCGUGGAGAAAGCUAUCAUCACCCAGAAUACCACCAAGUCACAGCCUUCUCAACCUCCUUUGCCGAGCUGCAACGAGACAUACAGCUCAACCAACCCAAUCGUCCUCCUUGCUCAAUUACUCCCCAUUACCGUGUUCUAUCCAGUCAAGGUUGCCUUUCAUUGGACUUUGUUUGUGCAUCUGCUCGGGGAGGCCUCCGGGCACGUUCAUACUCGCCCAAAUGUGGUGACUAGAACUGCCAUGAUGACUUUGGCUUGGGCAUUUGCUCAUUUGGCAACAAACUUUGUCUUCCCACUGCUGGGCAUUUUCUUCAAAUUGACAGUCAUUGGCCGGUACCGUGAAGGAACAUACCCUAUGUGGGGACCCUAUCAUACCCGAUGGUGGUUAGUGCAAAAGGCAUUGUCAAUCUGGGGGAUGGGAGUUUUUGAUAAGGCUUCCUGGUCCAAACGUCUAUAUCUUCAGUGUAUGGGAAUGAAAAUAGGGCAGAACGUUUCUAUCCACCCGGGAGCCCAGCUGGGAGAGUAUGAUCUGUUGGAGAUUGGCGACAAUGUCGUCCUCGACAACUGCGUUUGUCGGGCUUUUGCUGUUGCACAUAACACAUCGAUUUAUCUCGGCCGCAUCCAAAUUGAAAGAGACUGCUCGGUGGGCCUCCGAUCCAUUGUUGCCCCUGGCGCUCAUCUUCCUCCGCGGACUUAUAUAGGUCCCCGUUCAUCUAGCUGGGCAAAGGCGGAUGCAACUGAGGAGAAUGAUAGGCUGAUGUCGACUAGAAGUCCUCAUCCCCACUGGAUCUGGAACUUCUUGAUUGUGAAGCCACUUGGAACGCUGUGCACCCUUUCGAUGCAUCUCCCGUGGAUUGCAGGCCUUGUGCCUCUUGCCAACAGGCUAACUAUGCUCAAAUCCGGGAACAAGGUGCUGAACGCUACUUCAUGGCUCAUUGAACCAUCUCACAUGACUCUGUUUUUACGUGCUCAGGUAUAUGCCACGAUUGUGGGACCUAUUGUCAAAUUCAUGUUUAUUCUCGGCAUCAAAAAGACGUUGGACCUGCUAUGUGGGCGUUCCGUACCAGGACCAGUCGAAAUUCAGUCGCGAGGUCAAAUUCUCCGCACCGCAGUACUCUCCCAGAUCUUGCCUGAUGGUCACCUGCUUUGGUUUACGGAGUUGCUAGGCGUGCAUUACGAGUUAGUCUCUAUUGCGUUGCGUGCUCUGGGCGCCCGCAUCGGCAAGCGGGUGUACUGGCCUGCUCUGGGUCCUUUUACCCAAGACUACGAUCUCGUUGAGAUUGGAGACGACGUCCUCUGGGGUGCACAGUCACAUCUGAAUACCUCGGAUGGGUAUGGAAAGGAUAAAGUGGUUAUCCAGGAUGGAGCGAUGGUAGCAGAUCGUGCGAUCAUUUCGCCUGGCGUGAGCGUCGGAGAGCGGGUUCAGGUUGGAUCCGGGGCAUUGCUCAAACGCGACAAACACUAUUCAGCAGAUAGUGUGCUGAUUGGGAGUCGCCAGGGAGAGGCGGUUCAGUUCCCUAGUCCUGUUGUCAAAAAGAAAGAUGCGGACGGUGUUUCGGAAAUUUUAUCCACGCCUUUUGGUCGGGCCUUCUAUCUGGGCCUAGCAAACUACCGCGUGUGGACAGAGUCGGAGAUUGUUUGCUAUACCAUUGCAAUCAUGGCAGUCGUGAGUGUGUACUGGUCUACAGGACCGGUUAUCAGCCUGUCCAUCCUCCUUCGCAUCAUCCCGGCCAUUCGGGAGCACUUCUUUGACGCUAGUACCACUGCUGGCUGGCAGUUUGUGAUAUUUUCCAGCACUCUGGCGGGCUUGAUGAGCCUGGUUGGUGGUUUGCAGUCAUUUGUCGCCUUGGUCGUCGUCAUCUCUUCCAAAUGGAUGCUACUUGGCCAACGCCAGCCAGGCCCUCAUCCCUGGGACAAAGAUUCCUUCUUCCAACUCCAACAACUCCAGUUGGCCAUCUAA